AAAUUGUAAAAGACUAAAGCCAAAUAUAAAAAAGAACACGUACCCUUUUAGAUCUUGUCACCUCUUUACUCCACUUUUCUUCCCGCGUCAGGGACGGGCACGGAGUACUUCCGUUAUGUGACCUGGAAAUGCAGUUUGUUAUCUGAGUUUGUGUGUUUCAGACUUUGCAUCGUUUCUGUUUCUGCAACGUGGUUACUUUUAAUGUAUUUGUUUCGGCUCUCUGUGGGACGGUCUUUUAUUUGCAGCACGUUUCUGAUGUUUUGGAUUUUCGUAUGUGUUUUUGAAUUGGCAUCGUUCAUGAGGAAAAAGUUUUCCUUGUGUAAAUACUUAGCGGUUUUGCCGCGGGCUUUCCCUUCUUGACCACGCCUUGUAAACUUCAUAUUGACGUAUAGUAAGCCUGAAUUAAAAUACUACUGGAAGUAAGCGAUUGUGUAAUUGGUGCGCAUCCGCGAGUCACGUUGCUGUGUGAUCACGCAGCAUUGUGACAGCGUAGACGGGGGGGGGGGCAUAUCCAGAGGAUCCUGUGAAACUCCAACGUGUCUAAUCGCAGCUGCCGACUAGUGGCCGGUGAUACCCGAGUUCAAACAUCAUUUUGUUCCAUUACACAGACGAAGUUAGACCUUGUUCCUUCCUGUCUGCCUGGCUGUGGGACCACCUAUUGAAGAUGGAAACGAGUCACGGCGAAAUGCUUAAGAAACCUGUGCGCCUCAUCGCAGCGGUUUGCAAUGACAUGGGGAUCGGGAAAGACGGAAAAUUGCCUUGGAGUUUACCGUCUCAUCCACCAGGACAUUCUUUGCUCCAGAUCUGAAUUCCAGUACUUUCUCAACACUAUCACAAGGGUGUCGAGACCAGGCAAGAUGAACAUGAUAGUCUGGGGCAAACGGUGCUGGCAGUCCCGCCCAGAAAUACCAUUACCACUGCCCAAUGUCCUGCAUGUGGUGCUGAGUACGAAACUGAACACAGUUCCAGAACACGCCCAUUUCCUGUGCCAAGACUUUGAGAGUGCCAUCCGCCUGGGAGCACGGCCCCCACUUGCUGACCUGAUUGAGACCAUCUGGAGUGUUGGUGGGACGCAGGUCUACAAGGAUGCGUUGAAGCACCCAUGGUGUGACUUGAUUUACCUGACGGACAUCAUGGCAGAGUUUGACUGCGAUGUUUUCUUCCCUGACUUCGACAGAGGACUAUUUAAAGUACAAGAAAGAUUUCCUGAUGUACCGAGUGGAAUUCAAGAGGAGAACGGCAUUAAGUACAAAUGCCUCGUAUUCAAGAGAGUCACUGGUGAUACGGUGUAGAAAACGCACAAAGAAAAUCAAGACACCAUCAAUGAAUACUCAUGACUGUCUGUAUGAAGGAAAUUACUACAUGGGCACUGGAACACUUUUUAAAACUGUUGUUGGUAAACACAGUUCAUAUGCAAAUCAUUGCACUCUGGUUUUCUUUAUGUUAUACACAGUAUCCCGACUUUUUGGAAUCCCAGUUGUGGUCAUGGAGCCUUCCAGCUAGUCUAAAUAUGGUCCUAUAUGCUUUGCAAUCCAUAGAGAAUGUGAAACAGUGUGAGCGGCAACACUUAAAGAGCAGUUCAAAGUUUUAUAUGUAUGUAUUCUUUAUUUUGCCUCUCCAUUAAGUGAGGGUUUGAACGUCCAUCAAUAUGACAUCCACCCCCCCCCUCUCCUUCCUCCCUUUGAACACUCAAGUCCUCUCUCUCUCUGUUGUGAUCCCCAUAUAAUGAGAGCAAAGGAACCUUGAGGCAUAAAGUCAUGUCUUCUUUAGCUGGGAAGCUCGCUAUUAUUAAAGGGCAAAUAAAGAGCAUGUUUCAACAGCUUUUGUUGGCUUUGAAACAUUAAAGCAUCUUCAAAAUGAGACGGGGUGACAUUUUUAAAUGCUCUCUCUUGGUUUAAACAAUGCUAGGUAAGACUAUACGGAUCAUAUUAUUGAUAGUAUCAAAGUACAGCUUGUUGUCAUUACUGAUGAUUUUUUUCUGCCUCCAUAUGACUCACAUAAAAACCUUAUUAACAAAGUCAAACACAAUGGAAAAUCUAUUUGGCAUGAACAAACUGAAACUUGUCUUUGAACAAAUAUUGAAGAGUGCAUUCAAAUAACCCACUUCCAAGUGGAAGCAAAUGACAGGAAUGUUAUGUGGGUGCUUUUGAAAGGAUAAUACAGUAUACCAUAAACUCAGACACAGCUAAGAUUUCAUCCCUAAGGUGAACAUCAACACAACAGUCUUGUUUGUCCUCAGUUAUACUUUCUAAUACAUUUGAUAGACAAGUCAGCACGUUAUUAAAGUUAUGUUAUAAGGUGUUUUAUGAGAAGUUAUUAUGAUUAGAGAACUCCUAAAUGAGAUAAAUUCUUUAUUUGACAACAGACUACUUCAAAGAUAGACACAUUAAGAAGCUGUUACGUUUGUUUCAGGAGUUGUUAUACCCUCACCUCUUACCAGAUAAACUUACUCCUGCAAUAAAAGUAUGCUGCGAUUCAUGUCUAAUGUCUAAUUUUAUAGAUAUAAAUGAUCACAGGAACAGUAUGCAUCCAGUUCCAGCUUUAAUUCACUUGCAUCCAU